AUGUCGAAGCCGACCGUCACACUUAUUCCAUGGGACCCCAACGCCCCUGAACACGUGAAGCGCAUGGUCGAGCAGCGCAUAAUUUGUGGCUGGCAAGCGUCAAUUGUCCCAACUGGGUGGAAAGACGGACACAUCAAUGGGACGAAAUGCCUCUACUGGAUUAUAUUUCCGGUGGACGAACCGCAGCGUGAGAAAUACCUCGAGAUGCAUACCAAGGCUUAUCCUAAGGAGACAGAGGAACUCCUCGACACAAGCAAGACGCUACUCGGAAAACCGCGCAUUCCAACCGACGCAAAAUUCCUUCCCAUUGGGCACGUCGCUCUCGACACUCAUAUCUCAGACUAUGCAGAAAAGGGCCUGGGUAUCGGCGGAGCUGCUAUGAAUAUCGCUGAACGCAUGGCCAUCGAGGAGCCUCUUAACGCUAUGCAUCUGCUAUUAGACACGGUGCACCACGAAGACCAGGCAGAUGAGGACUUUGCUGUUGCCAACUAUGGAGGAGCCUUCAAGAUUCCCACCCAGGCUUGGUAUGAGAGACGGGGAUACAGGUUAAUUGGUGUAGCCGAGAACGUAUACCAAUAUCCAGACACAAAUGGGAAAAUUUGGCCGUGUAGAACAGUUUUCUUACAGAAGGAUAUUGUUUAG